ACAACCUCCACCGUUGUGCGAAUCCCUUCGGCCGAUUUCUUCCCGACUGGUGAACGACCGUCCAGCACCUCUCCACCCCGACCCAUUCUAUAUCGAGUACGGGCUGAGAACGAGUAUGGCUACAGUGCUCCCCUAACAACCAGACUGGAACUCCCUAGAGGACCACAGUACCAGAGGCAUCUACCGUCACUUCCACUGCUGCCCGUGCGUGCUCAACUCCUGCAACCUUUGAGUGAGAGCUUGAGAAUCGGUGAAUCACCAAAGGUGGAACUUCAAUGGUCACCCUAUCUACCCCCGGCUGACUACAUGCGGCCUGCGCCCGGGCAAGACAGAUUGCUGCCGAAGCGCGACUUCAAUUACGUCGUGGAGUAUCGACCAGUAGGGGAGCGCGGUUGGCGUCACCUUUCCACUCUGCCAAUCGGACAGGAGACUAUAGUCUUUCGUCCUCCGCCGAUCAUCUCUUCUGACCUGCCGAAAAGCGACUUGGGACGUCCUCUCACCGAGGCCUAUCAGUUUAGGGUGGGCGUACGUGGCCCAGGUGGUGUUCCUGAGUAUUCGGAGUCCAAUAUUGUCUCGUGGACCUAUCGACCGGAGUCACCGCUUUCCGGUAAACGUGACUCCCUACCACCCUCAAGACUCUCCUACCAAGCUCCGUCCCCAGUCCUACCAACUCCCUCCGCGAUUCGG